UCAGAAGUUCUCUCUAUAUAUGCAUUUCGGCAGUGUUAUGACAACCAAAGAAGAAAACAAGCUAGCUAGAAUUUCUUUUAUCAGGAGCAGCUGAAAUGGCAACUACUUUAGGCACUUCAGCCAGAAAUGAAGAUCCAUCGCUCUCUUCCCCAGAGCUUCCACCCUGUCUCGUUGCCUGUUCACCACCUCCGCCUCCGCCUCUCCCUCCCACUAGAUCUUGGCAUAAAAACUGGCAGUGGCAUCGCCAAUGUCCCCAGGCCCAUUCAUAUUCAAAUUCACCUCCUCCGCCUCCUCCCCCUCCUCCUCCCCCUCCCACUAGAUUUUGCUGCAACAACUGGCAGCGGCUUUGCGAAUCUCCUACUACUCGAUGGACUCCUGCUCCCAAGUCUCCUACACAAUUGCCUCCUGCUCCCCCGCCUGUUCCGGGCCCGUUACGGCACUUGUACAGACCAUACUCAGGAAACAAAAGGAGACCCCUGAAAUACUUGAAAUUAUAUAAAUUAGUGAUAAAAGGUGACCUGAAUAAAGCUAAGGAGUUCUUCCAAGCGGAUGCAGAGGCGAUUACGGCAGGUAUCACAAAAUCAUCUGAGACCGCAUUACAUGUAGCUAUAAGAUCAGGGCACACGGACUUCGUAGAGAAGCUGGUAUGGCAAAUGUCAGCGAGAGACCUGGAAAUUAAAGAAAUGAACAAUGGUGAUACGGCUCUUCACACUGCUGCAAUAGCUGGAAAUAUCCAAGCCGCUCGAGUCAUGGUGGAAAAGAACCCGAACUUGCCCCAAAUACGUAAUAAAAAUGGAUGGAUCCCGUUGUCAAGUGCUGCUUAUUGUUCAUCAUAUAAACAAAAGGAGAUGAUGGAGUAUCUUUUGAGUGUCACUAAACACAACAAUCGUAGUCCAUUCUACGGUCGUGCUGGUGGUGAACUUAUUUGCACUAUAACUAGAGCAGGCCGCCACGGAAUUGCCAAAAAACUGAUCGAGGAGUAUCCAAAUUUGGCAACAGACAAAGAUAAACAUGGUAUUUGUGCAUUAGAAGUAUUGGCCGAGAUGUCAUAUGCAUUUCAAAGUGGAAGCCAACUAACUACAUGGCAACGCUUCAUCUAUCCAUAUAUCGACGUGGACUUGCAUGUAUCUCCUCUCAUCUCUGGAGAAGGCACUGACCUCCCAACAACCAGAGGAAGAAAAUCCAUAAUGAACAAGUUUCCCUCUUUAACCUACUUUACUGAAGUGAUCCAAUCAACGAAAGGUGUGUUGUGGCAAGGUGUAACACAACUAGUUCCAGGAAGCAAAAAGGUCUACAAAAAAAAGUUGAUGCAUAAGCAAGCCUUAGAUUUGGUUAAAUGCAUUUGUGAACAAAUCUCUGAAGUUAGUUAUUCAGAAAUAUCGGAAAUUCUCACAUCGACUAACAUUUUGAGCAAGGCUAUAACAAGUGGAACAGUUGAAGUCGUAGCCGAGUGUAUCCAAACAUUCCCCGAUCUAGUUUGGUUUAAAAUGAACAAGCGAAAUCUAUUUGAGAUUGCAAUUGAAGAGCGUCAUGAAAGAAUAUUUAAUCUUGUGUGUGAGAUGGAUGAGGUUAAAAAGACGUUUGUUUAUUUAAGGGACGAAACAUCAGGUAACACUAUUCUACAUUUGGCUGCCAAGUUAGCACCCCCUGCUCAACUGAAUUCAGUAUCUUGUGUUGCCCUUCAAAUGCAACGAGAGCUGCAAUGGUAUAAGGAGGUAGAAAAGAUCUCUUUACCGAUAAACAAAGUAAUAAGGAACAAGGAUGGGAAAAUUCCCCAAGCUUUAUUCAGAGAACAGCAUAAAGAACUAAUGAGGAAAGGGGGGGAUUGGAUGAAAGGUACAGCUGAAUCAUGUAUGCUAGUAGCCACUCUUAUCGCUACUGUAGUUUUCGCUGCUGCUUUUACCGUACCCGGUGGAAAUUAUGAAAGUGGCAGUAACAACAAAGGAAUCCCAAUCUUCUUACACGAGGCCUCAUUCAUGGUAUUCGCUGUAACAGACAGCUUAGCGCUCUUCUCUUCAAUUACGUCGGUUCUUAUGUUCUUAUCGAUAUUAACUUCACGUUUCAGAGAGGAAGAUUUCCUUGAGUCGUUGCCUAGAAGACUGAUGAUAGGACUUGCAACGCUUUUCUUCUCUAUAAUUACUAUGAUGGUUGCCUUCAGUGCAACACUAGCUAUUGCAAUUGGGCCAAAGUUCGGAUGGUUUCCAAUACCUUUAGCUGUAAUGGCUUGCGUGCCUAUCACCCUUUUUGCAUUCUUGCAUUUUCAUUUGUUUUUCGAGAUAGCUUGGUCUACUUAUCGCCCUGCGCUAUUUCGUAGACAUAAGAUGCUUUACUAAUUUUAUUUUUUUUAUGUAAAUUGGGCAAGUGUUCUGACA